CAAGGGAAGGUAGUUAUAUUGAGGGGGUGGGAGAGAGAGAGAUUAAAGUUGGAGGAAAGCUGGAGUUUCGGGCACAAGGUUGAAACCCUUUGGCGGACUGCCAGCCUCGGCCUGCGGUAACAGGCGUCCAUCCGAGGAGGCCGGUCCUGGGAUAACCUUUUUGUUAUUGAGAGCUUUUCUUUCCCUUCUAAUUUGGGUUGUCCAAAUUUUGAGUGGAAGGGAAAGAAAGCAAGUUUUGAAGGAAAAAUAAAAAUUAUAGUGAUUGGGAUCAGAAAUGAGUGUUGUUUCCGGAGUGAUUUCAAGGCAAGUUUUGCCGGUAUGUGGUAAUCUUUGCUUCUUCUGCCCAGCAAUGCGGGCAAGGUCUAGGCAGCCUGUGAAGAGGUACAAAAAGUUGAUUUCCGAAAUUUUUCAGGAAGCAGAACCCAACGACCGAAAGAUCGGAAAACUCUGUGAAUAUGCUGCCAAAAAUCCUUUGCGCAUACCGAAGAUCACAAGUUCACUUGAACAAAGAUGUUACAAGGAACUACGAAAUGAGAACUUUCAAUCCGCAAGAGUUGUCACAUGUAUUUACAAGAAGUUGUUAAUCACUUGUAAGGAGCAAAUGCCUCUGUUUGCGAGCAGUUUAUUAAGCAUCAUUCACACUCUAUUGGAUCAAGCACGACAGGAUGAUAUACAAAUAAUUGGAUGCCAGACACUUUUUGAAUUCGUAAAUAACCAGACAGAUGGGACUUACAUGUUUAACUUAGAAGGAUUUAUUCCGAAGCUCUGUCAUCUUGCUGAAGAACUAGGGGAAGAUGAGAGAGCAAAGCAUCUUCGUUCAGCUGGUCUGCAAGCCCUUUCUUCACUGGUUUGGUUCAUGGGUCAAAACUCCCACAUUUCAGCUGAGUUUGACAAUAUUGUUUCAGUAGUUUUGGAAAAUUAUGGAAGUCCUGGUAAAGAGUCCUCUAAGACCAACAACCAGAGCCAGUUGGUGGAAGAAGAGGGUGAAGACGAGGGCGAUGUUUCUCCUUCACCAAAGGUCAUGACAAGGGUUCCUUCCUGGAGGUCAAUAGUGAACGAGAAAGGAGAAACAAUUGUGACAGGGGAAGAUGCAAGAAACCCCUGCUUCUGGUCCAGGGUAUGCCUGCAUAAUAUGGCCAAGCUGGCCAAGGAGGCUUCAACCAUGCGGCGUGUUCUGGAAUCAUUGUUCCGCUAUUUCGAUAAUGAAAAUUUAUGGCCUGCUGAGAAUGGGCUUGCUUUUCCUGCCCUCAAGGAUAUGCAGUUCUUGAUGGAUGAUUCUGGGAACAAUGCAAACGUUUUGAUUUCAAUUUUAGUGAAGCAUCUUGACCACAAAAAUGUCCUUAAACAACCCAACAUGCAGCUUGACAUUGUUGAGGUUACUACCUCCUUAGCUAGACAUGCAAAGGUCGAGCCUUCUGUAGCUAUAAUUGGUGCAAUAACAGAUGUUAUGAGGCACUUAAGGAAAAGCAUCCAUUGUUCAAUUGAUGAUGCAAAUUUAGGAGCUGAUGUAAUUAAGUGGAACAGAAAAUUUCAGGAAGCAGUGGAUGAAUGCCUGGUGGAGCUAUCACUUAAGGUUGGAGAUGCAGGGCCAAUUCUUGAUACCAUGGCUGCGAUGUUGGAGAACAUAUCAAGUAUUACAGUUAUAGCCAGAACCACUAUUGCUGCAGUCUUUCGCACUGCUCAAAUUGUAGCCUCUAUACCAAAUUUAUCAUAUAAAAAGAAGGCAUUUCCGGAGGCUUUGUUUCAUCACUUAUUGCCAGCUAUGGUCCAUCCAGAUCAUGAAACACGAAUUGGAGCUCACCGCAUCUUCUCUGUUGUUCUUGUGCCAUCUUCAGUUUGCCCUCGUACAAGCUCAGCUAUUCCUGAGCCAAAGCAUGCUGCAGACCUAGCAAGAACUCUCUCAAGAACAGUUUCAGUCUUUUCUUCUUCAGCUGCCCUUUUUGAGAAGCUGAGAAAUGAAAGAUCGUCUUCAAGGGAAAAUGUUAGUCUGGGUGACAAGGAAAAACUUGUUACCGAGGGGCAACAGAGGGACAGCAAUAAUGGAAUGUUGAACAGAAUCAAGUCAACAUAUAGUCGAGUCUAUAGCAUCAGAAAUGUACCAGUACCUCCAACAGCAGAUGAAGGUUCUAUCAACAAUUUGAAUAAAGAAUUGGAAUCAGUCUCUCUUAGGCUGAGUAGCAGGCAGAUCAGCGUCCUGCUGUCAUCAAUUUGGGCACAAUCCAUCUCCCCUGCAAAUAUGCCUGAAAAUUAUGAAGCAAUUGCUCAUACAUACAGCCUUGUGUUGUUGUUUUCUCGUGCCAAGAACUCUAGUCAAGAGGUUCUAGUCCAAAGCUUUCAGCUAGCAUUUUCACUGCGAAGCAUUUCUCUCGCAGCAGGAGGGCCAUUGCCACCAUCACGUCGCAGAUCCCUCUUUACCUUGGCAACUUCCAUGCUCAUCUUUUCAGCAAAAGCAUACAAUAUACUUCCUCUAAUUCCAUGUGUCAAAGCUGCACUUACAGAUAAAACGGUUGAUCCUUUCCUGUGUUUAGUUGAAGACUGCAAGCUGCAGGCAAUUGAUACUGAAUUUCAUCAUCCCAAAAAUAUUUAUGGAUCUAAGGAAGAUGAUAGUUCUGCUUCAAAAUCUCUUCAAGAUAUAGAAAUCACAGAGGACCAGACUAAAGAAUCCUUAGCAUCUGUGAUUGUGACAUGUUUGGAUAAGUCAUCCAAUCUAAACCUUCAGUUGUCCACUGUAAGAGAUCAGCUGCUGAACGAAUUCUUACCUGAUGAUACAUGUCCUCUUGGAGCCCAAUUCAUUGACAUUCCACGACUGGUGUACCAGUCUAAUUCAGAUUAUCAUAAUUCUGUGGAUGAGGCUGAUCCAAAUUUUGCAGUAGAUCCUGAUAUCCCAAGUUUACUUGCAAAUCAAGCUGAGGAUAAUCCAGAGCUGGACAUAGAAGCCUCUGAUCUCUUGAGUGUCAAUCAACUUCUAGAAUCAAUUUUGGAUUCAGCACAUCAAGUUGGGAGACUCUCUGUGUGCAACACCCAUGAUGUGUCUUUCAAGGAAAUGGCUGGUCACUGUGAAGCACUUCUAGUGGGGAAGCAGCAGAAGAUGUCCUAUUUGAUGAACACCCAACAGAGGCAAGAAAAUCUGCUCAGUGGAACCCCACAAAUUUAUAAUGAGGAGGAUAAGCUCGCUUCCCAUGCCCCUACUGAUGGGGCCAUGAUAGAGGUUGGCAAUCCUUUCUUGGACCUAGAUUUCACUGCCAGUGUAAACCAGCAACCAGUAGGCACUCUUCCUAUGUUGUGUGCAACCGAAUAUCAGCAUAAUCCCCAUUCCUUCAGAUUACCUGCAUCAAGUCCAUACGAUAACUUCUUGAAGGCAGCUGGGUGUUGAUUCAAUAUAAGCAUGUAAAUUGUACAUUUACGAGACAGAUACAGGUUGUCGGUAUGGCGCCCCUGACAUUUUUGCUCAGAGAAUUUUGGAACAAGCAUAUGAUCUAGGCAUUGGAGAUGAAGUGGCUUUGGGAGUUGUGAUGAUUGAGAGUUGGUUAAGUUUUGCACCAGAUUCUUUUGUUCUUGUAAUUACUCCUUAAAUCUUUGUGAGAGACUGCAUCAAGGGAGGCUUCCUCCAGAUGGAAGAGGAAUAUCAACUAAGUUGUUGGCAGCUAGGCAGCAUGAGAGAGUUUUCUUUUCUGUCUUGAUCCGUCCACCCCAUUUGAUUUGAUGUACAAAUUUUCAAUUACAAUUAAUGGUUUUAAUUGAUUCCUACCCAUCAUUAUUGUAAAUGUCUGGGAUAUGGACAUACAGCUGAUUCUUCAUUGAACAGGGAUACAUUCAUAACACCUUACCAUUAUGUUUCCAAAAAUAUGGUCCUAUAAAUAUGAAGGAGGAUCAAACAACCCUCUCAAAUGAGUGGGCAUCAUUAAUGAAGCUCAAAGAUGGACAAAA